AUGUUUAGAAACGGAACACCAGUUCCAUGCUUUUGCACCGGGCUCAAUAAAUGCAUCCUGACGCAGUCAGAAAAUAAUUUAGGUUUCGUUAUGGCUUUAAAUGCUGCUGUUACCGUUAUAACAAGGAAUUAUCCAGGACCAGUGGAUGGGGAACUUCUUUUCGUUACUGUUGCUGCUUUUGGAAGAAAGUUUACUGUUGAAGCUACUGCUGAAGGUGUCGUUCAUUUCGAUGGAGUUGCCACUGUUGAACAGUCCUAUAUGUGA